CUCAACAUGAACAUGAACAUGAAGGUGAAUGCCAAGAACGCAACAAUUCCUAUUGUACUUACAGUUCUUCCCCUCUUCUUGCCUCUCAGCCUCUCUCUCUCUCUCUCUCAACUCUAACCUCAAUCUCUUACUUUUGCCCACUCGUCCAAAGUUACUUGCAACUCUCGACUACCGACUCAACCAUGGCUCUCGAGAUACAGAGCCCGCUUCAAAGCCCUCUGCUCACUACAACCUUCGGCGAUGUCUUCGAGAAGCUUCGCAUGGCGUCUUCCUCUUCCAGCAAUGACUCGGAUGAGCACAAUGUCCAGGACUUGGAUCUCAAUCCUGCCCACGACUUUCCCUACAAUCAUAUUCGCGUUCGUGAGCUCGGAGAUGGCUCUGAGGGUAUCGUCGACGCCUAUGUCCACAAGCCUACCGGCACUUGCCUUGCAGUCAAGAUGAUUCAGAACAAGCCCCACCUUCCAGCCGAAGUCAAUAUCCUUAGGAAGAUCCCCUAUCACGAGUCUAUCAUCCACAUGUACGGCUUCUACGGCGCUCAGCCCCAGCCUGAUACCGACUGCAUCCUCUUCGAGCAUUGCAGCGGCGGCGACCUCUUCGAUCUCCAGAAGAACUCCUUCGAAGUCAACAACGCCGUCUUCACUGAAGAAUCCAUGUGGGCUAUUCUCCGCCAGUUGAGCUCCGCCCUUGCCUUCCUCCACGAGGGCGUCGGAUGCGCCGAUCCCGAGCAGCAGGCCGUCUGGCACCCCGUUAUCCACCGCGACAUCAAGCUCGAGAAUGUCUUCGUCACUUCUUUUGGCGUGAAGACCGACCUCUCCGACAUCAAGAUCAAGAUCGGCGACUUCGGCCUCGCUACCUUCUACGACCCCGAGGACAAGCGCAUGCCCGGUCACUGGGGCACCAGCAUCCUCUGGCCACCAGAGCAGACCUGGGAGGGACGCGAGGCUACUCCCGCUGGCGACGUUUGGGCCGUCGGCUGCAUCAUCCACGAGCUCGCCCACGGCUUCCCUCCCAUCGAGGACCCCGAGCUCCACCGCGAGCAGGCUAUGAAGUCUCGUCAUGGUGCUCAGCUCGAUCGUAGACUGGAUCCCAACAUCAAGCGGUUCUACUGGGAGGCCAAGACACCUCGCUGGCCGCUCCCCAUCAACAUCGACCCGGAGGCCCACGAGUUCGAUAGACGCAGGCUCCGACCUACUCCUCGCUACUCGGAUACGUUGAAUCAGUGCAUGGCCAUGAGCUUGCAGUUGAGGAUGGAAGAUCGAGCUACUGCUGGUGAGCUGUUGGAAGUUGUGGAGGAGAUGGAGGCCGCGUACCACUUCCGCGAGUUGGAGAAGGAGACUAUGGCUAUGGUGGUGGAUCUCACUGGAGAUGACAGUGACGAUGAGGAGUACUGAGCGAGGAGAAAUCUCAGGAUCGCGUUU